AUGACAACGCAAAGUACUAUCAGCAGUGCAGAUGUGGAGCAACAGGCGAUCGGCAGAGCAGCGGCUGCAUUUGCUCAACUCCGCGGGAGCAAUGAUUUGCUCCAAGAAUGCAUCAACAACGCAACGAACGUUUCUGAGCUGGUAGAGUCCAUCGAGAGACGCCACAAGCAACUGGAAAAGAAACCCUCAUCCAAAUUACUCGCACUGCUACAAAAGCACACGACAUGGCUGGACAGUCUUUCCGGACUGAUCGAUGGCGCCGUGAAGGCUCGGGCUGAUCUCCUCUGCCCCGCGUCCAACUUCCACGCCCAGGUUGCUCAGCAAAUCACUGCCAUGAUCGAGAUCAUUACCGAGAGCCUGCCCCGGCUGGACCUGUACAAGAAGCUACAGUCAGACAAAGGUCUCCAAAUUGCUCUCUUGAACAUAUUCACGGAUAUCGUGGAAUUUUGCGCCGCUACAUACAAGUACUUCAAACACAGAACCUUAGUGCGCAUUGGAAAAUUGAUCCUGACACCUCUCAAGACGGAAUUCGAAAAGAUGUGCAAGCGACUCAAAUGGCAUACGAAAAAUGUCGAUGAUACUGCAGUCGCCGUCGAGCUCUUGCGGGCAGCCGAAUUCCGAGCCAAGAUGCAGGCGCAGAACGCCGAGAACAUGAAGUCCAAGUGCGACUCUUGGCUGAACCCGGCCAAUAUGCUGGGUGUUCAUCAGGCAAGGUCCCGGAUGAGAGUCGCCGGCACAUGCGAGUGGCUGCUGUCGAGCCAGGACUACGAUAGCUGGCUCAGGACCGAGAGCGACCUGGCCGAGGACAGACUGCUCGGCGUUCUUGGUAAGGGUGGCUGUGGGAAAUCCAUCCUUUCGUCUUACAUCGUGGACAAUGUGCAAGAGGAGCAUGGCAUCACAAUCUACUUCUCGUUCUCCGGGGCGGAUGCGCCUCGCCAGACGCUCCAAAGCCUGGUUCGCUCGUUGGUGUCGCAACUCGUUCACAAGCCUGACUAUAUAGGUGGGUACGAACUGGUGCAUGAAUUGACUAUGCAAGAAGGGUAUUCGAUGGAUGGUCUGUGGACUCUUUUGUAUAAGAUUCUCGCCUUGGGCACGAAUCGUUUAUUCUUGGUUGUCGACGGAGUAGAUGAGUGUUCUGAGCCAGCCGAACAGCUAGUUGAACACGUCAUGGGCAUUCUCAACACUAUUCGAUCUUCCAAGAUUGUUCUCCUUGGAAGAGCCCAUGUUUCGGAACUAAGAAGCCACAGCAGCUACAUCAUCGAGAUGGACCCCCCGCUUAUCAAGCUCGAUUUGCAGUCAUUCAUCACCACCCAACUCCGCUCGAACACCAGACUUUACAGCCUUGGCAUACAGGAUUCAAUUUCCCAAACACUGCUCGAGAGAUCCGAUGGCAUGUUUCUCUGGGUCAAACUCAUGAUCGAUGAUCUGUCGAGGGCCUCCUCCGUGUCCGAGGUGACCCAAAAACUGGAAUGCUUGCCAAGAGGACUUCACGCAGCAUACCACCAAAUCAUCCAACACCUCGUACAGACUCUGGAUGAUUUUGAGAUCAGACUGGCACAAAAUAUUCUUGGUUUCGUAGCAGCAGCAGGGAGGACGCUAGAGGUCGAAGAGCUGCAUUGCCUUCAAGCCCUUUCCUCCCGGGCCACCGCUGGAGAUUACAGCUCAGGAUCCAUUCGGAAUCAUGUUUUCAUCGACCCGAUCGAGAAGUUUUCACGCGUAUGCGGUGGCCUGAUUCAUAUCCUAGAUGGAAAGGUCACAUUAGUGCACAUAACCGCAAAGGAGUUCCUGCAAAGGCCGGUCAACAAGUGGGAAACUGAGAACCACCCCCAAGCACUAAAUUUUAGGGUUGAUCUGGUUCGUUCUCAUGAGUUUCUCUCCACAGCCUGUCUCGAUUUUCUGCUGCUCGACGGAGCCGGAAUAAGCCACACUGACGCACCGCAAGGUUCCACGACCAAGAACCUACGGCUGUUCUUCAAGUAUGCUGCAAGGUUCUUUGUCUAUCACAUCAAGAACUCUGGGCCAAUUUCUGAAAGAAGAUUGGAGAGAAUUCGACAGCUCGUAAAUUCGGGUGGGAUGGUUUCUCUGUAUGAGCACUACUUUGUACUCCUCCUAGAAGAUGGGUAUUAUGAAGAUCUAGAUGAUGAAUUCUCGAACUUCUUCGAAUGGGCCGAGACCCAAAAUCUGGAACUUGGACCGCAGAAGUCUUUCUUCGCUGUUGCCCACGAAGAGUGCAUCCAGAGAUUCGGGGCUGAAGACUGGCGGACCAAGGAACUAGUGACUCUAGUUACGGGCGAGUUGCCACCAACAGAGCACCCGCAGGUUGAUCCAGUCGACAAGGUGGGAAGCAAGGAGGCUGCCGAGAGACUCUCGGCCCUCAUGAACUUGCUUAAAGAGAACCAGCAAAUGCAGACACUAACCAAGAUCGACCUCCUUCUGAACAUGCGAUCAUUGAUCAGAAUAAAGGCGCUGAGUGAUCCCCUUGAGGCACUCUUCCUCUUGAUAAUGAGGCAAGCGCACAGACUCCCGGCCGUCUUCCUGAUGCUCGUCGGCGGCUUUUACCUGGAUUUCAAAAAGCCACGACAGGCUUUGGCUGCGUACGAGGCCGCCCUUGAGAAUGUAGAACACCUCGACACGGCACUAAAGUUUGAGAUAUCAGAUAUCAUCGGCAAGAUAUAUUCUCGCCAUCUCGUUGAUUACGCAAAGGCUGAGGCUGCCUACCGGAAAUCGGCAUCGGGCAGACGUGAAAUGCUGGGGCCUGAUCACGAGAAAACGCUGCAUAGCCUUGAUUGGCUGGCAAACGCGCUUUACGAACAGAAAGAUUACGCCCCUGCCGUGGAGAUAUGGAUGGAAGUCUACGAGAAAAAGAUGGAGUCACUGCUCGGUGACACGUCUUCAGAGAGAAGACUGGGCAAUGCUUGUUUCGACCAAAAUCAACUCUACGAUAGACUCAGACAUCUGCGUCUGAUGAGAGAAAAAUUGCUUGGGAAAGAAACCUAUAGUAUCAUUGGAGUGUCGGGCAGCCUGGCUUGUGCUCUACAUGCACAAGGCCAUUUUGGCCUCGCCAAGGUCUUAUGGGCAUUUGAUAUCGAAGCUUGGAAAAGGCUGCGUGGGGAGGAUCACGCAGACACCUUGAUCACUAUGAAAAAUUUAAGUACUGUACUGACGAAUCUCGACCCGCUAGAAGCUGAGAAUAUAUACAGGCAGGUAUAUACGUCCCAGAGUAACACUUUGGGGGAGGAUCAUCCGGAGACACUUCAGAGCCUUUUAGCUUUAUCAGAUGCACAGUACAGGCAAAAGAACUACGUUGCCGCCGAGGAGUCACUCCGUGCGGUCAUCAGCAUCAACGAAGAGAUCCAAGGAGAUAAAUGCACAGGGUCCCUCGAUCCUGUGGAGUCUUUAGCGUGCACCCUGUUUUUCCUGGACAGGUUCGAAGAAGCAGAAGUCCUCGACAGGCGGCUUCUUGCAAAGAGAGAAAGGGAACUUGGAGCCAAAGAUCCAAAAACUUUGCGCACCGUGGCCCAUUUAGGGCAAACGCUUCGCUCAAAAGGAGAUUGCGAAAUGGCCCUCAAAUUGGGACGAGAAGCGUUGCAGGAUCAAGAGGAUGGUUUGGGAAAAGAACACCCCGAUACUCUCGAAAGCAUGUAUCAAGUGGCAUACUCCUACCUCAUGCUGGAACAGGUAGAGGAAGCCAAGCAGGUAUGCUUCAAUGCUCUGGAGAGACAGGUGCGAAUUUUGGGUACGGAGCAUAUUGUCACGAGGGGAACCAUCGUUCUCCUCGCCAUGAUAUACACCGAGAGUAGACCGGAUUGGUAG